AUGACGACUAGUGCUAAUAAUAGCAUAGUCGAUUCGGUUUGGAAAGAUCGAAUUGAACGAGCACUUAAAUAUGUUUGUCGUAUGAUUGAUUUAAAACAAAAAGAUGAUGCUGUACCAUUUCUUAGAAAUAUUGCUGAACAAUAUAAUGAUUUACGAAGACCACGUAUGAUUUCUGAAUCAGUAUUAAAAGAUGAUAAAUCAUCACUUUAUACAUGUUGUUCUUUUAAUGAAAUAACUGGUGAUAAAUUGAUUUGUUCAUUAUCAGUUUUACCUCAAAUUGAUCAAUUACCUAAUAUGUUUAUUUAUGUACCAUUACAAAGCAAUAUUCUAUGUGAUACAGUUACAAAUCUAUCUGAUUUAUUAUUGGACGAAGAAAGUGAAGAUGUUAAAAAUCUUCUUAUUUCAAUACAAUCUGACUCUUUAACUGAACAACAACAAACAAUUCGAUCGGCUUCAUCAUCAAAACGUCCGCGUCGUUUAUCAAAAACAUCAAUUAUAAAUGAUCGAAAUAAUGAAUUUGUUUUUGAUGAAGAACAUCUCUUGGAAUUAUUAAAACGUCUUAAACAACAAUCACUUCAAAAUUCAUUGCCAAUGACACUAGAUGAUGAAACAGAUUUAUUUGAUACAUUAAUUAAACUUUAUCCAUCUUCUGCCGAUUUGAUUCGAGAUCGAUUUGGUACAAUAUUUGAAUCGAAACGAUUACAACCGAAAGAAUUUACUCCAAAUAUAGAUAAUUCAUUGAUAGCACUUGAUACAACUGUUGAAAAUAUUUUACAUUCAUAUUUUAUGCUUUUUUGUCGUCGUUGUCAUCGAUAUGAUUGUUUUUUACAUAAAGAUAAAUCAAUAAUACCUGAUUUAAAUAAUCAAUCAAAAAAUAAUUCUGAUAUUAUCUAUCGUCCAUGUAAUUUUCAUUGUUAUCGAAGAAAAACUUUAUCAUUAAAACAACAAAAACGAAAUAAAAUUGAACUUAAACGAAGUUAUAGUGAAUUUAUAAAUAAUAACAAUACAACAUUUCAAAUUUCUACAAAUAGUUUUUAUUCAAAACGUGUAAAAUCAAAUAUAAAUAAAUCUGAAUAUAGAUCAUCAAUAAUAAAUUCGAAUAUAUAUAAAAAUGGUUUUCUUUUUAAACCAUCAUUAAAACGAAAAUUAAAUAAUGAAAUAUUAAAUUGGUCAUCAAGUGAUAAAUCAUUAUUUCGUGUAUUUUGUACAAUUUAUGGUGAUAAUAUAUGUAUGAUUGCUGAUCUACUUGAUAAACCAUGUUCACAAGUUUAUAUAUUUUAUUUAAAUGAAAUACAAGUCAAUGAAAAACAGCUAUUUUUACAACGACAAUUAUCAACAACAUCACCAAAUUUAAUUGAUGUAAAAAUUAAUGAUGAACAUAAAAAGAAAAAUCUUAAACAUACAACAAUAAAUACAAAUAAUAGUGAAGAAUCAAUUGACGAUAAAAUGAAUAUAUAUAAUCAACAAUCGACAAAUUCAAUUCAACCUACAACAAAUCAAUGUUCAUCAUCUCGUCGUUCUCAUUCUUCUCCAUUUCGUCGUCAACGUAGUCAUCAACAUAUAUUAUUAAAUCAUCAUAAUAAUUUAUUAUUAGAACAAAAACGUCAUACAUAUUAUCCAUGUGAUCAUGAUCGUUCAAUACCAUGUAAUGAACAUUGUUAUUGUAUACAUUCGGGUAAUUUUUGUGAAAAAUAUUGUUGUUGUUCAUCAAUAAAAUGUGAUAAUCGUUUUCCUGGUUGUCGUUGUCGUUCAUCGUGUACAACAAAACAAUGUCCAUGUUAUGCAGCAGCACGUGAAUGUGAUCCUGAUUUAUGUAUACAAUGUGGUGCAGAUGAUUUUCGAAAUGGUAAUAAUAAUAAUAAUAACAAUGAAUUAAUAACAAAAUCUUCAUGUUCAUGUCAUAAUGUUGCUAUACAACGUAGUUUACAUAAAUCAUUAUUAUUAGCUGAAUCUGAUGUUGCUGGUUGGGGAAUAUUUACACAAGUUAAUAUUCAACGAAAUGAAUUUAUUGCUGAAUAUUGUGGAGAAAUUUUAACACAAGAUGAAGGUGAAUUACGUGGACGAAUGUAUGAUACAAUAGGUACAAGUUUUUUAUUUGAUCUUAAUGAAGAAUAUAUGGUUGAUGCAACACGUCGUGGAAAUAAAAUACGUUUUGCUAAUCAUUCAAUAAAUCCAAAUUGCUAUGCUAAAGUUAUUAUGGUUAAGGGUGAUCAUAGAAUUGGAAUUUAUUCGAAACGUUUUAUAUCGGCAGGUGAAGAAUUAUUUUUUGAUUAUCGUUAUGGAGCUAAUCAUCAUUUACGUUUUGUUGGUGUUGAAAAAUAUACUCCUGAAGAUCAAGCUGAUACAUUAUUGAUGUGA